UCAGCCUCCCAGAGUGCUAGGAUUACAGGAUUGUGCCACCAGGCCCCGCCCAGGUAAUCUAAUCAUCCUUAUUAGCACCAAUCUGAGGAGCCAGGAAAUGCAAUCAAUUAGAAGUUAUGGGUGUGGUCUUCAGAGAUCCCAUAAAAGGACACUCAAGGAGCCAAGCUCAUUCUUCUCCACAACAGGCAGACUUGUGGCUGCAGAGACUUGGCUGCAGAGACUGGCUGCAGAGACUUCAGAAAGCUACCACUACUUACUCUGUGAAGUCGUGAUCCCUGAACUGACCUCAUACUGAUUCUACAGCAAGCAUUCGUGAGCUCGCACAUUCCUUAGCUGAGUAGAUAAUCUAUAAGAGUUCCUACUACUUCCUAACUCUGUAAGAAACAACGUAAUUUUAAUUUAUAAAUCAGCAAACUAAGAUACUUUUCAUAAAGUGAUAUGGUUUGCUUAGGUAGUAAAAGUGACUCCAUGCCUAUAACCUAUUUAGAAAUUAACUGUUUCAUCAUCUCAUCUAUCUUUUUUUGAAUUAAUCUGAUAACUUUUUCUCUAUUAGUUUAUAUAUUUCUUUAUUGUUUAUAUAUGGUAAUAUGCAAAAUAGUUGCCAGAUAAUUUGGAAUUUUGUACAUUUUGUGGGUCCUAUAAAUUAGCUAGGAACAUUUUAUUCCAUAAGUAGGUCAUAUAUGCAUUAUAUUUUGCUUUAAAUGUGGUGUAUUCAUGUAUACAUAGAAGAGAUAAGGAAAUAAUUGAUAACAGAAUUAGGAAAAUAUUGCCUUUGAUUAUGCUAAUCUGGCCUCUUGAGAAGCUUCAGUUUAUUGACUUAAAUUCUAAGGAAGGCGGGAAAUGUUUAGGCCAGGGAAAGGGUCACAUUGGUGAUCAUGAGGAAUCUCAGUAAUAGAAUCCCAUCUGUAUUCAUCUAGUGUAGAAAUGGGGGCCCCACUUUAUUUUGCAGAAUAAAUUUUAUUACACGAUAAGUAUAAUUUUUUCACAAUGUAAAAGUAUAUCUGAUAGAUUUCAAAGACCUGGAAGAUAUUCCUACUUUCAAUGCUGCAAUUACUGGUCUGUUUGAAUGCAGGAUAUAGCUAAUAAAGAAGGAACAGUUUUGACAGCUUGAGGUAUUCUUAUAUGAAGAGACUGGUUGAAGUAUGAUCCACUUUGACAAAAUCAAGUUUAGCCUUUAUUAUUCUGAUGUACUCAGAAGUUGAUUUGGGCAAGGAAUCUGUUUCAGACAAAAAAGGAUAUCAAGGAGAAACCUGGGUUUUGUGAAUAUGUCUUGUAUAUACAUGUUUCUUAUGCACUUUUAUCAGUGGGUUCCAUGAAAGGUAUUUUCUAGAACUUGAGUGACAGACAGAAGAUAUACAGAUCAGUGGCAUUCUCUAUGGUACUUCAUUUUAUCUGUUAAAAUGUUUAGUUUGUUGAAACAUUUAUUCACUGUUUAUAAGGAUAUUGUAUUAAGAACCAUUUCUUCAAAUUGAUUGAUGCUUUCCAGAAGAAUAAAUAUACCAUAAAAUGAUUGAUUGAGAGAAUGAUAAUAGAUGCUUAGAAGAUAAUGGUUGCUCGGUUAACUGAUUUUAAUUUUGAUCCAAAGCUAUAAUAUUUGGGCCUGGCAUGGUGACUCAUGACUGUUAUCCUAGCAUUCUGGGAGGCCAAGAUAGAGGAUUUCUUGAGCUCAAGUGUUCCAGACCAGCCUGACAAAAGGGAGAAUCCAUCUCCAUUAAAAAUCGAGAAAUCAAAUAAUCAUCGUGGUGUCCUGGUGGUGGUGAGCACAUAUGGUCCCAGCUACUUGGAAGGCUGAGGCAGGAGGAUCGCUUGAGCCCAGGAGUUUGAGGUUGCUGUGAGGUAUAAUGGUACUGCCUUCAUUCUGCCUAGGGGGACAGAGCAAGACUCUGUCUCAAAAAACAAACUAAAAAACACAAACACAAUAAACAAAAACACACACACACACAAACAAAGCUAUAACUCUAACUUAUAGAGUGAUGUUGGAGGAGUCACCAAAUAGGAGAGUUAUACCAAUUAAGUGCAAUAAGGAGAUAAAAUCUCAGUCUCUAAUCCCAUUGCCAAAUCAAUGCCUGGCAAUGAACACUGACUGAUUUUGAGAUCCCUCCAGACCUUAGCCCUGGAGCUACAGAUUGGGACAAGCUCCUGCAGUGCAAGUCAUUUGGAGGAAACUAACAUCCCACAAAACUGGUACAUUUAUAGUGGAGAAAGAGACUUGGCAAAGUAGAUAGAUGCAUGUUGCUUAGGCAACUGACAAAGUUAUCUACAACGCUUGAGAAAUCUGCUUGUGCCUCAGUUUUCCAUUUGUGUCAUGCAAAGCCUAUUCUGCUCUUGAUACCACUUUUUUAUUCAGUCAAAACUUGAGUAAAUUUUUGCUUAGACUUUUGUCUCUCCAGGGCAGAAGAAUAAAUUCUUCUGAUUUGCCUUCCUUAGGAAAAUGGACACAGAUUUCCCACAAGCUUUCCAGAAAGAAGUCACCUGCCUCAUCUGCAUGAACUACCUUCUAGACCCAGUCACCAUAGGCUGUGGGCACAGCUUUUGUAGACCCUGCCUCUACCUGUCCUGGGAAAAAGCCAAAAGUCCUGGGCAGUGUCCUGCAUGCAGACAACCGUCACAGCACAAAGACAUCAAAACCGAUACCCUUGUGAAGAAGAUGUCUUCCCUGGCCAGAAAUGUCAGUCUCUGGCAAUUCCUGAGCUCUGAGGAGCAAAUAUGUGAGACCCACAAAGAGACAAAGAGGAUGUUCUGUCACAUGGACAAGAGCCUGCUCUGUUUGCUCUGCUCUAAGUCCCAGGAGCACGAGGCUCACAGACACUGUCCCAUUGAAGUGGCAGUUGAGGACCGCCGGGAGAAGCUAGUAAUGGAAAUGAGAUCUAUAUGGGACAAGAUCCAAGAAAAUAAGAGAAACCUGAAAGAAGAGAGCACAACAAUUAAUCACUGGAUGGUGAGUGUGGGACUUAUUUCCAUCAGAAUCAGCUAUAGAGACAUGCUAGAACCUCAGCCUUUAAGAAUGUGAGCUGAAAUCAUGAGUUCUGACAUUCAACACAUCAGUUAAUUUAUAGGAAGGAUAACUGACUUUUUCACUGUAGGGUCGCAUUGCUCUUAGUAUUUUUAGUCCCUUAGGCAUCAGCAACUUCCAAAAUAAAUAAAUAAAUAAAACGCUGUUCAAACAAAGUUCAACAAGUAGUAAGAUGAAGGCACAUAAAGGGAUUUGCAGAAAUUCAGUAAUCAGUGAGCCUUGCCAAAAUUUCUCAAUAUAUAUUUAAAAUUAAUCUGAGUACUAAGGGAAAAAUAGGUGUUAAAAGUCCCUGGGUAUUUCAGGCAAAGAUUUAUGUAUGCAAUGAGCUCCAGAAACAGAAAAGCAUAUAAUUAGGUAUUUCAGGCAUUUCAUACUGAUCAGUACAAUGAGCCUUUGGGGAUGGAAAAGGUAUGAACAGGAAUUUCAGAAGUGUGCCUGCCAUGGUAAAAACUGAUAGCACAGCAGCUAGACAGUGAUACUGGUAGGACAAUAUAAAACAUUGUGCAUAAAGCUGAAAAAGAACAAAACAAAAGCCAAAAGAUUUGGUGUAGUUAGAGAAGGAAUGUAUGAUUAUUGGGAGGAUAUGCAAUGAAAUGAAAAUUAAUGUUUUUAACAUGGCUGGGCAAUAUGAGGCCUGUGGUCAUGUACAGGAAGAAGAUAGAAAUUAGAAUAACAGAAAUCAUUUUAAGGGCUUAGCUUUCGAUAUUUAAGAAAUUUUAAACUUGUCUGAUGACUUAUAGUAUAUAUUAUGUACAAUAUUUCUUCUAUUUGUAAGUGGUCAGGUUGCUGCUUGGGAAGACUAAUUUGCU